GGGAUGAGGACGCAGAUUGCAGAGGGACGAAGGAUAUGGCCUGCGUCUGUAAGCAGCCACCGACCAUCCCCUUCUCGAAUUUUCUGCAUCACCCAUCGCCCCCCUCGCCGAGAACCACUCUGGUACGUUGUGGGUACCCCAGGAAACCUUCCGGCUCCGCGACCACUCGGUCGCUCGUCAUCGAACCGGUCGAAGGCGAGGCGGCCGAGGAGAGGAGAUCCGUCACCCGUCGCCUGAUCUUGCUUCGGCACGCCGAGAGCUCAUGGGAGGAUCGGUCUCUGAGAGAUCAUGAUCGUCCAUUGAGUAAAGCUGGACGUGCUGCUGCUAUUAGUGUUUCUCAAAAGCUUCAACAGAUAAAUUGGGUACCUGAACUUGUUUUAUCUAGUGAUGCAGCUCGGACAAGGGAAACACUCAAAAUUAUGCAAGAGCAUGUGAGGGAAUUUUCAGAAGCACAGGUCUAUUUUAUGUCAAGCUUCUAUUCUGUAGCUGCCAUGGAUGGACAAACUGCUGAGCACCUUCAGAAGGCCAUCUGCAAAUUUUCGCGAAAUGAUAUACUAACGGUCAUGUGCAUGGGGCAUAAUAGGGGUUGGGAAGAGGCAGCAUCGAUGUUCUCUGGUGCCUUGGUAGAACUGAAAACAUCCAAUGCUGCGUUACUGGAAGCUUCUGGGAGAUCCUGGGAGGAGGCAUUUUCUUCAGCUGGCCUUGGUGGCUGGAAUCUCACGGGCAUAGUCAAACCAGAUGAUGAUCUGUAAGGCCAUGGAGAAGCAUUCAUAUAAUGGUGGCACUGUAACAGCACUAAACACCUUCUGCACGGCCACAAGCAAGUUUAGUCAGACAAUUUGUAACUUGCUUUCUCUUUGUGAAUAACUGAGGGAAAUGCCAUAUUUGAGCCGUUUGAUCAACUAGGCCAUCAACAUAGCGUUCUGCUGUGGCUGCACAUGUACAGAAAAACUGCUUUUUGCCAGCUGUGUGAAAUUGGGUCCUUUUUAUCAUCA